ACUGCGUGACGCGUCAAAUCUUCCAACUCAACCGCCGCUUCCUGGCCGGCCCAGGCAGCCGCCUCAGGCCCCGCUCCUCACUGAACCGCUAUCCGCUUAUUAUUGUUAUCACACCGACUGAAGAGAGCUCCGCUCCGGCUGCGUGGAGCUGCCGCCGGGAUGAGUGGACGGAAAGGCUAAAAUUUGCACAUCCUCCGCAGAAGUCUCGCCGCUUGCAGCGCGAGGCUGAGCGAGGUGCAGCCUGAGGAGCAGCUGCUGUGGUGAUGGUGUUGGACUUGGGCGCAGUCUUCAUGGAUCGGGUCGAGGGUGAAAGAAGUGCUGGGGACCUGUUGAAAACAGACGCUCGAGAAGAUCCACCCAAAGCUGUUAAAAGGUGCGGCGUCACAAAAAGGGAGACAGUGUCACACAACGGGCUCGCAGCCCCGACGAGCUGCAGCAGCCAGGUAGUACAGAGAAGAUCAUCAACAUCAUCGUCAUCAAAAUGUGGGACUGCAUCCAGAACGCCACUCCGGAGGCCCCUCAGCCUGGAGGUGACAUCCCAGCGCAUGAGAGGGUCUCAGGAGCAGAUGGUGGACCGGAGGAUCCUACAGCCUCCUUGGCGCAGUGGUACGGCUGCCCCCUCCCCCCCGGCUCGUAGCCUGACCAGCCCCAGCCUGGGAGUGAGUGGCUGGAUGCGCCGUAGUGAAAGCACCUGCUCCGUGAACUACUCCCGGGGGCUGCGGGGCAGUAAGGGGCAAAUGCGACCGGCCACCUCCCUCCCUCAUAUUGCUAAAGGAGUGGGUGGUUCAACACUCCCUACAGCCACCAGGCCCUGCCUGCUCGUUGCCCUCAGACCUCUAAACUUGGAGCAGGAGAAGCAGGCUUUCUUCCAGUCUGACUACAAGUAUGAGCCUCAGUUUGAGUAUGCGCAGCCUGAGCCCAGGAGCGUGCUGGACAAGUACAGAGAAGGCUCGGGUCUCUUUCUUGAACAGGCAGUUGGGAUCAUGGAGUGUGUCCUGAGGAAGUUUGGCUCCUAUGAGAACUUUGAGGAGGUGACUGGUGGCAGCGCUCUGCCUAAAAGUCAGGUGUGGGCUGCUGUGCGCAAAUACCUGCAGAAAGAGGGCUGUGUGGGGGAGGUUGUUGUGCGUCUAUCUGAAGAGCUGCUGUCUCAGGCUGUGAUGGUGGUGGAAAGCUGUCGUCCUACUCUGACCAUUAACCUAUCUGGGGCUCGACAGCACUGGCUGGAGGGAAUGCUGAGACAUGAGAUCGGCACACAUUAUCUGCGAGGUGUGAACAACAGCGUGCAGCCAUGGGCCACCGCCGAAGGCAGGAAGCAGUUUGGACUUAAACCAGCUAAUCCCACAGAGGAGGGCCUGGCCAGCCUGCACAGUGUGCUGCUACGGAAACAGCCCUACCUGUGGCGCGCGGCUCUGCUCUACUACACAGUGUACCACGCCACCAGCAUGAGCUUCAGCCAGCUCUUCAGCCACAUAGCACGGUUCGUCCAGGACCCGGACGUCCGCUGGGAGUACUGCCUGCGAGCCAAGAGGGGACAGACGGACACCUCGCAGCCCGGUUGCUUCAGCAAAGAUCAGGUGUAUCUGGACGGGAUCCUGCGGAUUCUUCGGCAUCGAAGGACAAUUGACUUCAAAAUGUUAACUUCUUUAGGCAAGGUGUCUUAUGAAGAUGUGGAGAGACUCCGACAUCUGGCAGUGCUCUCCAAAACUAGAAUCCCGCAUUUCAUGCGAGACCAGGAGCGGUACCUGCAACAUCUGGACCACAUCAUCACCAUCAAUGAGCUCGAGGAUUCAACUCUGGAGCACCUUCUACCGUGACCAUCCCACCCAAAGAGAAGAGGAACUGGAGGAUCUUCAGACUCUACCAUGUGGUGACCCAAUUCUUGCUUAAGAGAUCCAGUAUUACUGAUGCUUUAUUGGAGCAAUUUUGUUUUCUUAAAACUUGAAUGACAUGAACAAAAGGGACAUACACACUAACACCUCUAUCUACAUUUCACCUGUGUCCAAUGCAUGUUUGUGUGGCUUUUCCACAGAGCCAAGUACAGUUUCUGUGCGCCGUCGCCUUUACUGCUAUUAUGAAAUUACCUCAGUACUAAAACUUUAUGAUGUAAUCAACUUUAUAUAUGUAAACUCACUCAUAAUCACAGAAAUGUUCACAAUCACAAGCUUUAUUUAUGCAAUUAUUUAAGUUUUUCUUUUUUUUACUUUGAGAAAACAGACUGAAUGUUUCUGGUAUUAGCUUUAUAUGUUCUUUUUUAGACUGCGUUGUUUUUAUGCCUUUGAUUAUUUGCAUUUUAAAAAGAAGACACCAAGGACACAUUUCAAAACUGAGACCAUGAAUCUUAAAGAUAUCAAGUGCCAGCAGACUCAGUCUGACCUUCCACCAGGGAUAAUUAAAAUAUCAGUGUUAUUAAGAAGAUAAUCAGCUCUUUUAUCACUGUCUUAACAGUGUCCUUGGUGGUCUUUGAUUAUCAGUAUGCUACUGUGAUGUGUGCCCGAGACCCUGACCCCAACUCCACCCCACUGCGCAACAACCAAAUUUUCCUUUGAAAUGUCAGAGGAAUGGUUGGACAUUUUGGGUUGCUUACGUUUAUUGAAUAACUUGCAGAGUUAUAUUACGAUUUAUAGGAUUGUCAUGUCUUUGUAGUUAAACCGCUUCUAUGCUUGUGUUAAAGAAGGCAAAUAAGGGUUUGCUUACCCUGAGCUGAGUCUGUCUAAAAAUACUGUAUUUCAUUACUUGGCACAUCAGCCUCGUCAGUCUGGUUUUUGCUAUGUGCUAAAAUUACAGUCUUUUCUAAACAAACAGUAAAAACAUCCUGGCCGGAAAAAUGAAGUCACUGCAGAACUUGUGACAAUAGGUCUCUGUUUUGACCUCUGCAAACACUUUGCUGCUGAGCUGAUGGGCUCAGUCACUCGUUUGGGGUCAUAAAUGCAAACUAAUUAGGUCUGUAAAUCUUGGUCAUACCAUAAAAAUCUAUAUCAAGUGAGUCAUGACAACAAAGUCCCUGAUAUUUCAGUUGAGCUUUGCAAUGCUGCUUAAUACCUUAAUGACUCAUAGUUAGUCCUGUGGCCAGGAAUCACGAUCUUUAUUCCCGUUGUAGCAGUGAAACUGAAGCUCAGUUCUCUCGGUGCAAACAAAGAGUCACACAAAAAAUUACAUUUAAGUUACAGUUCCAGCCAGGCUAAACGUUCCCCGAUUAGUGUGUCGCUGUUGGUGGCCUUUAGCUGUGGCUUUAUAUUUAACGUAGUCUUUUCUGUGAUGGAAUCAGUCUCUUAUGACUCUGCAAGAGAGCAAAUGUAGGUAUUUCCCCUAAAAGUCUGUCUUUAUUGGAAAAUGUGCUGAAGUAACAUUUUUAAUACUGUGUUGGGCUUUUUGAGACCGUCUCAUCCAGACUGAGUCUCUUGUUAAGGAGGAAACAGGGGUGUAGUGGGUGUGCCUUAAAUGGGUGUAGCGCUCAUCUGCUGUAGCUAGCCAUGUGUUUUGUAAGCUGCUUUUAUUGUGUUUGACACUUCAAACUUUAGAUGUGAGUCAUUUUGGGCCAAGCUGUCAGUCAGCACAGAGAAACCAGAAGAACCAGGUCACAGCAGCAUCACGACACUAGCCUUGAGUUUUUAACUUGAAGAUGAAAAGACCGGGCCAACAUGUGAACUCUACAAACACGGUGCAUUUUAAACACUUGGAUUUGAAGAUCAACAUGUAACCCAAUUAUAUUCUGCUGUGUUUAAGUUUUUAGCCACGUGAUAAGCUGAUAUUUAAGAUCUGACCUUAACGGCAGCCUGGUUUCACCUAAACGAAUGCACCGAUUUAUAAACGCACGAAUGUUGCAGAAGUGUUAUUUUGUGGAAAACAACUUGAAUUUCCAGUUUAUUUAUUAAAAUGUACAU